UGUACAUCCUGCUCUGCUGUGUGUGCUUACAGCGUCAAAGGGUGGACGUGAUAUUUCAAACAUCAGAUCAGUGCGUUUAUAUAUUGGGUGCCCGGAAAUUUUUCCAAAUAAACACAGCUUGAUUCGACUUGGGUGGGCAGACUUAUCAACAGACUAAUUCUAUAAACAAAUGAAGGAAUAACCCGGAGACCAUUGGCUGGUACCAGCAAGACACGUGGAGAGAGCUUGGAGUUUUGUAGCAAUGAAAUUUUAAUUAAUGUGGGUGGGCUGAGAACACAAACGACUGUUUAUCAGAGACAAUUUAUUUUCCAGUGCUAAGUCAACAUAUAAUAGCAAACUUACAACAAUUAUUUAACUUUUUUUUUUUUUUUAAGAGCUAUGAAGCAGGGACAGAGGCAGAGUGAGCUCGUUCAGGCAGGGUUGGGAUCUCAGCUAGCACAAAUAGCUCCCUGGUGGACUCUUCCCAGGUUUCUGCCCUGCCCUGUCCCUUCUCCCUGCUCCGAGGGGGAAGACCCGGAGCUAAAAGCCCAUCCGCGAUGAGCCACAUUUACAGCAGCCACCUCUCGCCCAUGGGCAGCUCCUCCAUGGUGUAUCUCCCCGCAGCGCUGGGCUUCGCCUCCAGCAGCGUGCUCUCCCGGCAGGACCCCCCGCAGAAGCCCCCGUACAGCUACAUCGCCCUCAUCGCCAUGGCCAUCAAGGAGGCUCCGGAGCAGAAGGUGACCCUCAGCGGCAUCUACCAGUUCAUCAUGGACCGCUUCCCCUUCUACCACGACAACAAGCAGGGCUGGCAGAACAGCAUCCGCCACAACCUCUCGCUCAACGACUGCUUCAUCAAGGUGCCGCGGGAGAAGGGCCGACCCGGCAAGGGCAGCUACUGGACCCUGGACCCGCGGUGCCUGGACAUGUUCGAGAACGGCAACUACCGGCGGAGGAAGAGGAAGCCCAAAGCGGCGGGGGCGCCGGAGGCGAGGGGUAGCGCGGCCCCCGAGGAGCCCAAGCGGCUCCGGGGCAGCCCGGGCGGGCAGAACCCGGCGGCUCGCGAGAGCCCCGUCGGCUGCUUCGGCGGCUCCCUCGUCGCCGGCGGCAGCUUCGGGCCGGCUUUCAACGCCUCCCUCAUGCUCGACUCCCAGGUGCACGGGAGGCUUUAUCACAUCGGCAUCCCCUUCCUCUCCUGCCUCCCUCUCCACUUCUCCGAGACGGUAUUUAAUUUCCAGUAGUUCCCCCAUAAUGAUGCUCCCCAUCCCCCUCGCCCCCCUGCAGUCUAGUCGCUGCUCCCGGCCCGGGGCAGGAUGGGGGGGAGAGACCGGACUCAGACCUCACCAAGCGGGUAAAGACCAAAACAUGAUGUUAAAGGUGACUCAGGAUUUCAGGGCAUUUUCAAGGCACGUCUUGCUGCGGAGCUCUCUUUAGCGAUUGCCUCCCCUGCCAGAUCGACUUUUAAAGGUAAAACGGUUUUCUUUUCACGUCGGUGAUGGAGAAGCGGAGACAGGCGGUGGGAUUCCCACGCUCGCCUCGGUCCCCCGUCGCGUCUGUUCUGCAGGUUUAGUCUUUGCAUCCGUCAGGUUUUCCAGAUCUGCUUUCUGCCGAGCCCCUCGCCUCUCCGGUUUUCUUCCUUUUUCUUUAGAAAACCAAACCCGCCCCUUUUAUCCUUGGGGGAGGGGGCUGUGUUUUGUCUUGCCAUUAAUACCCACCGGUGCCUACACACAAAUACUUCCUGAGGUGUUGCCUUCCAGUCCUUGGCGUGGGUGAAAGGCAGGUAAUCGGAAUAAACGGAGCUAAAAUAAGGACAGACGAAAUAAGGCAGUCUCCUGUGCAGUCAUGCUUGCUUUGACUCAGCACCAUAUAUAACUCACGGCGUUAACUCAAGCUGGUUUCCUGCCUGGCUCUUGUACUUCUAGAGUAUCACGACAGCGUUUCUGUCUCACUGCUGUGGCUAAGCAGAGAGAAGGGGACAGACAAACACACGUGUCUUGAACGAAGAGAAGCUGCCCGUGUCCAUGUCUUGCUGGGAUCAGUUACUUCUUACCAAAAAGACUGAACCAGGGCUGUGGAAGCCAAUCUUGGCGUUCUGGAGUAGCUGUGUUAACAAUCCAGACAACUACUAGGGGGAAAAAAAAAAAGAGAGAGAAAAAAGAUAUGAACUAUUUCUCAAAAUUUUAUUUUUUCUUAAAGAAGGAAGAAUCCAGACACAUUAUAAGCAACCGGGAAUAUUUCUUAUUUUUGCCAUAAAUAGAGGCUU